AUGAGGACCUCCAGGAGCCUGCAGAUAUAUUCGUUGCUCUUCAUACUUCUCGCGACAUUUACGGCAGCAUGGCCUUGGCCCAGAUGGUUACCGGAGCGGGAUUCUUUGAUUGCUGCACGGGACGAUAAUACAACAGGUUCAGCACAAGCCACCACGACACAAGAAAGUGCCACGGCCACGGCAACAGACAAUAAAUCAUCUGCUACAGAUACCUCCGCUACAGACACUAAAUCCGACAGUCUCACCACGGACAGCAAAGGCAACACCAUAACAGCCACCGACUCUUCAUCCCCGUCAACGACCGACGGAAGCUCAACGGGCACCAUAACCAAAGCGGCUACAACAGACUCAUCUGAUACGGCAACAUCAGCCAAUUCAACAUCCUAUGAUGCCACAAAUCCAGCAGGCGGCGUCUCCCUCAUGACACCCGCCGUCUCCGCCGGCUCCCAAUACUACAAAAUCGGCUCCAACGUAACCUUCGGCUGGAACUACACCUCCCUCCUCGGCACGCCCUCCGCCAUAAAUGUAAUGGCAACCUGCACCGCCAACCAGCAGCUCUACACCAUCGCCGCGAACCAAACUGUCGCCAACAAUACGGGCGUCGUUACCUGGGACACGGGCGCUUACCAAGCAACGGCCCUCUCGAACCCUUUGCUCGUCCAGACGUACACGCUCAUCAUCUACGAUGCCGGCAGCUCGAUAAGCGCUACUGCUCAGCCGGGGUAUAUGUCCGUGUACGAUUCGUAUACGUUUGGCAUGUAUACGCCGCAGCCGUACACGGAUCUCUCGGGCUGGAAGUGCGCUACGUGUAGCGGAGCGCUUGGGGAGACGGAACGGAGGGCACUGGGCUUGAUGGUUGGCAUGGCAGUACUUACGGUGUGCAGCUUUGGCUGGUUUGUUAACGGGCUGGGGGUCAUCUGGUAG